GUCGGCCCUCGUCGGCGCCCGGUCUGCCCACGCGACUCCCUCCUCGACACAACGCCGCCGACGCUAGCACAGACGUCGGCGCGAAACGGCAAGGAGUGAGACACACCGCCCGUUACUCCGGAACUCCGCGAGAUGCGGCGCUUGCUAGCUCGAUGUCGUUGCCACCGGGCGAACGGACAGCUGCUCCUCGGAAGGCAGGCGCGAGCCGUAGCCGCGCGAUGAUGGGACCCCGCGUCCGAGUCCCCAGACGCGACCACCCUCGAUGACGGUCCUGCCCGCCUGCUCCGAACGUGUGCACACAAGUGGCCGAGUCUGUGCGUCCUCUGACUACGUGUGUGCGCUGUCUGUGGAGCGCGCAUCCCGCGGCUCUGUGAACUGCACAUACCAAUGAACGCUCGCCUCGCCCACCCAAGAAAUAUGGUGCCCCCUGGGAAAGCGAUUCGCAACUGCUGCUGCUUUGUGGCGAUUCUUUCUGCAAUGACGAUUUUUCCAGUUGUCACGGCCACCUCGAUGCCUCCGCCCAUUGGCACCUUCCAAGCACUACAAGCUCCAGAGAGCGCCGAAGGUGCCAACUCGGUGCCCAGAGAAGUUGCUGACACGAGAGCCAAAACCGAGCGGUUACCGGACACCAGCACCGAGAUCGAGUUGACAAACGCGACCGACACCAGCGUCCGCCUACAUGCCUCCGAGAACGAGCGUCGCAGCAAUUUUUCUAAGAACGCAGCUAUGGAAUCUGCAUCGCCCUCUCGACCGGCAAACGUAGAAGAAGACGAUGCCUCCAUUCUAGACGACGACUCGACACCGAGAUCAGCGGGCCCAAGUUCAUCGGAAGAGUCCCGAAUGGAGGCGCUCAGGGCAAUGGAAUCGGUGACGAUACGACCAGAAGAGCCACUCGUCGAUGCCAAGGAGCAACAACAGAACUUCCCCAAGGAGAACUCGGGCACCUUAGUGGCGCGUGGACCCGAGCCUGACAGGAGCCGGCGUCCGGAGUACGACUUCGACAACCCGACAAGCGGCGGCACCAACGUAUACAUCGUGGCUAUCGUGGGUGUGGUGCCAGCGGCCGGAGCGGUCAUCUGGUGCGUCCGAAAGAUGAUCGCCAAGAAAAGGGAGAACAAAGAAAACCCGGAUGCGCCACCAGCAGACGAGGAUGACAAGCAGACGGUGGCGCAAGAUCCUCCGACCAAGUAUAGCUACAUCCAGGACGCCUACAACAAGAUGUACGCAAAGACCAUCGGAGAGCUAAUGCCUACGAGUUCGGCGCCACCGCAUCCACGUGCCAGCGCUCCGGUGGCCUCGAGUCCGGACGAAGUGCCGCGGGACGACGUGCGGCUGGAGCGCGUGUUGGGCGAGGGAAACUUCGGCCGCGUCUGGAAGGCCACGGCGUACGGGCUCCAAGGCUCCAAGAGGUCCACGCCAGUCGCAGUCAAGACCCUCAAAGAGUACGCGAGCAACGAGGAGAAGAGAGACCUGGUGCGCGAGAUGGGGCUCAUGAGGAAACUGGGCAAGCACCCUCACGUCGUUCGCUUCCUGGGAUGCUGCACACUCGACGAGCCGCCGCUACUCAUCAUGGAGCUGGUUUCGCGGGGCAAGCUGCAGUCAUUCCUGCGCGAACACCGUUCCCAGGGUGCGUACUACAACGAACCCGAGGACGACGGCUGCCUGGGGCCACGAGACCUGGCGCAGUUUGCCCUGCAGGUGGCGCAGGGCAUGGACUACAUCCACAGGAACGGGAUCAUCCACCGUGACCUGGCCGCCCGGAACGUGCUCGUGGACGAGCACAGCCAAUGCAAGGUGGCCGACUUCGGCCUAUCUCGCAGUGUGCGAGAUUCCGAAACGGACGUCUAUCAGCAGAAGUCCAAGGGCGCGCUACCGGUACGGUGGAUGGCCCCGGAGUGUCUGUACCUGCAGGUGUUCACCACAAAGUCCGACGUGUGGGCCUUCGGGAUCCUGCUGUGGGAAAUUGUGACGCUAGGUUCCACGCCGUACCCAGGCCUGAGCGCUCAGGAGGUGAUCCAUGCAGUACGCGACGGCCGCGUAAUGGCGCAGCCGGUGCACUGCCGCUGGGAACUGUACCGGCUCAUGCGUGCCUGCUGGCACCCGGACCCCAAGGAGCGGCCGCCCUUCUCGAAGCUCGCCACCGACCUUGACCAACUCAUAAAGCUGAACGCCGGAUACAUCGACCUAGACAACUUCCCCGAACACGCCUACUACAAUCUCGAAUAUGGCGUGGACGAGAAAUUGUAGAUGCCUCC